AUGGGGCAGCUUCGUCGUUUCUUCGAGUCUACCUCAUCGACCACAACAUCGACCAUGCAUAUCUCUCUUCAAACCAUCCUUCCAAUGCGGUAUAGUCUUUCCUUCUCAGUGGAUCCACUAUCCGUGUUCUCUUUCCGCUUACCUUCCCGCUCUCGCGCGCCGAGUAAUGCUUCUCUUGUCCUCCUCCGUCCGUCUGCCACGCCAAUACGGCUCUACAGCCCCAAUUACCCAACCAAUCGUGUCUUCUCUAAGCGUGUCGUUAUUCACAUUCCUAUGGCUAAAACUGGUACACGGAAAAAACGCAAACUAUGCAAAUGCAAGGUCGAUCGCGGCAGAGUAUAUAUGUAG